AAACUCAAUUUUAAACCACUAUAUAUAUCCCCAUCUGCCUCUUGCUUCUCUUAUCUCACAAACACUACAGGAAAAUGGUUAAUCUAUUAUCUGGUCUCUUUCUUUUUACGGUUGUUCUGCAUCAUUUUGUGGCUUGCUUUGCUGCAAAUACAAAAAACAUCACCACAGAUCAAUCUGCUCUUCUAGCAUUCAAAUUCCUAAUUACUUCGGACCCCAAUAAUCCGUUGGUAAAUAAUUGGUCAACCACCUCUUCAGUAUGCAGUUGGGUUGGUGUAACUUGUGACGACCGACACGGUAGAGUUCACAGUUUGAAUCUCACAAACAUGGGUCUUAGAGGUACUGUUUCCCCAAACUUGGGGAAUCUAUCUUUCCUUGUUAAACUUGACCUCUCCUACAAUACCUUUGUUGGUCCGUUUCCUAAAGAGAUAUGUCGGUUGCGUCGAUUAAAGUUUCUUGCAAUCAGCAAUAACGAAUUUAAUGGAGGAGUUCCUACAAGGUUGGGGGACUUAUCGCAACUUCAACUUUUGUCUAUUGCCACUAACAAUUUUAGUGGUUUAAUCCCUCAAUCUAUCGGUAACCUUCGUGGGUUGACAAUACUGGAUGCUAGUAGCAACGGAUUCUCUGGACACAUACCUCAAACAAUUUCAAACAUGUCUUCACUUGAAUAUCUUCGUUUAGAUAUUAACUACUUUUCAGGAGAAAUUCCAAAAGGGAUCUUCGAGGAUCUUACACAUAUGAGAACAAUGGUACUGGGAAAUAAUAAUCUUUCGGGAAGUCUUCCGUCAAGUAUUUGUCAAGGGCUUCGAAAUAUUAGAUAUAUUGAUCUUAGUUAUAACGGCCUUUCUGGUGACAUGCCGAAUGAUUGGCAUCAAUGUGAAGAGAUGGAAGACUUGAUUCUAUCAAACAACAAUUUCAACAGAGGACUCAUUCCAGGUGGCAUCCGAAACAUGACCAAACUUCAAUAUUUAUAUCUUAACGGAAACAACUUGGACGGUCAUAUACCUGAGGAGAUUGGUUAUCUUGAUAAACUUGAAUUUCUAAUCUUGGAAAACAAUAGCUUGAGUGGAUCCAUUCCUUCUAAACUCCUCAACAUGUCAUCACUGACAUUCUUGAGUCUUGCCCUAAAUUACCUCUCAGGCAUGAUUCCGUCGAAUAAUGGAUAUAACCUUCCUAUGCUGCAAUACCUACACUUGAAUCAUAACAGUUUUGUUGGCAAUGUUCCAAAUAGUAUAUUCAACUCUUCCAAUCUCAUUGAAUUUCAAUUGAGUGACAACACAUUCAGCGGAACUCUGCCCAAUAUUGCUUUCGGAGAUUUAAGGUUCCUCAGAACACUUAUCAUAAAUAACAAUGAUUUUACAAUAGAUGAUUCUCUUCAAUUCUUUACUUCUUUGGGAAAUUGCAGACAUUUGAAAUAUCUAGAACUUGCAAGAAAUCAUAUACCAUCCAAUCUUCCAAAGUCAAUUGGAAACAUAACUUCGUCAAAGUUUAUUGCAGAUUUGUGUGGAAUUGUUGGUAAAAUUCCCCUAGAAGUCGGAAACAUGAGUAAAUUGCUAUAUUUUUCUGUUUUUGGGAAUAAUAUGACUGGACCAAUACCUGGUACAUUCAAAGGGUUGCAGAAACAACUUCAGUAUUUGGAUCUUGGAAUAAAUAAAUUACAAGGAUCAUUUAUUGAGGAGCUUUGUGAAAUGAAGAGUUUGGGUGAGUUGUCUCUAGACAGUAAUAAGCUUUCUGGAGCUUUACCAACAUGUUUCGGAAAUAUGACUUCUCUUAUAAGAGUACACAUAGGAUAUAACAGUUUCAACUCUAGAGUACCUUUAUCUCUUUGGAGUCUUAGAGAUAUAUUAGAAGUAAAUUUUACUUCUAAUGCUUUAAUCGGUAAUCUUCCUCCCGAGAUUGGGAAUCUGAAAGCAAUUAUAAUACUCGAUCUAUCAAGAAAUCAAAUUUCAAGCAACAUUCCAACGUCCAUCAGUUCGCUAAAUACUUUGCAAAAUCUCUCCUUAGCACACAAUAUGCUAAAUGGAUCAAUUCCCACAUCACUUGGUAACAUGAUAAGCUUGAUAUCCUUAGACAUGUCCGAAAAUAUGCUAAUCGGUAUUAUUCCAAAAUCAUUAGAAUCACUUUUGUACCUUCAAAACAUUAACUUAUCGUAUAAUAGAUUACAAGGAGAGAUUCCUGAUGGCGGACCUUUUAGGAAUUUCACAGCUCAAUCUUUUAUGCAUAAUGGAGAACUUUGUGGAAAUCUUCGCUUCCAAGUAUCGCUUUGUCGUAAACAUGAUAAGAAAAUGUCAAUGGCAAAGAAGAUAUUACUCAAAUGCAUAAUUCCCAUAGUUGUGUCAGCCAUUUUGGUUGUUGCAUGCAUCAUAUAUUUUAGACUCAAGAGAAAAAAUGUUGAAAAUAUUGUUGAAAGGGGUUUAUCAACCUUAGGAGUUCCAAGAAGAAUAUCAUAUUAUGAACUUGUGCAAGCAACAAAUGGAUUCAAUGAGAGCAAUUUACUUGGAACGGGGGGCUUUGGCUCUGUGUAUCAAGGGAAGCUUCCUGAUGGUGAGAUGAUUGCAGUUAAAGUAUUUGAUUUGCAAACAAAGAGCUUUGAUGCAGAAUGCAAUGCAAUGAGAAAUCUACGGCAUCGAAAUCUGGUUAAGAUUAUCAGCAGUUGUUCCAAUCUUGAUUUCAAAUCAUUGGUGAUGGAGUUCAUGUCAAAUGGAAGUGUGGACAAAUGGUUAUAUUCAGAUAACCAUUGCUUAAAUUUCUUGCAAAGGUUAAAUAUAAUGAUAGAUGUUGCAUCUGCAUUGGAAUAUCUCCAUCAUGGUUCUUCAAUACCCGUGGUUCAUUGCGAUCUAAAACCUUCUAAUGUCUUGUUGGAUGAAAAUAUGGUUGCACAUGUUAGUGAUUUUGGUAUUUCAAAGCUCAUGGAUGAAGGACAAUCUGAAACUCAUACACAAACUUUAGCUACUCUUGGAUACCUUGCACCAGAGUAUGGAUCAAAGGGAACUAUUUCUGUCAAAGGAGAUGUAUACAGCUAUGGGAUUAUGCUAAUGGAAAUCUUCACAAGGAGAAAGCCAACAGAUGAUAUGUUCGUUGAAGAACUAAGUUUGAAGACAUGGAUCGAUGGAUCAUUGCCUAAUUCAAUUAUGGAGGUCUUAGAUUCUAAUUUAGUCCAACAAUUUGGGGAACAACUUGAUGAUAUUUUGACUCACAUGUCAUCUAUUUUUGGUUUAGCCCUGCAUUGUUGCGAAUAUUCUUCUGAAUCAAGAAUUAAUAUGACAGAUGUUAUUGCGUCACUCAUCAAAAUCAAGACUUUGUUUAUUGGUGCACAGGCGGUCUAGUUUUUUUUAUUUAUCCAAUUGGUGUGUUAAUUGGAUGGAAUGUAUUUCUAAGUUUUUUUUUUUUGUAAUGUGUAAC